GGCUGGUCACCGCCGCCUUCAGAUCGAGCCCCGCCAGUGCUCUGCCGCUGACGGAGAGCCAGGCGUGUGCAUGUUCAACUUCGAGUGUUAUCAACGAGGCGGCCACGUCGUUGGGACCUGCAUUGAUGGGUUCCUCUUCGGCGCCUGCUGUAAUCUGCCUGAAGGAGCCACCUUGCCUACGGAGCCACCUGUUGUGGCUGGUGCUAGUCAGCAAGGCAUUGACGAAAACAGAGAAGGGAACGGGGACAAGGAGGAAGAGGAGGAGAAGCCAAUUAUACCGGAGGUGCCUGCGGAGGUGGACCUCACGGGGUCAGGGCCGGAGAGUGUGACAGAAGAAGAGGUGGUCAUUGGGGAUGCCAGCUCUUCCAGCGUAGGACCUGUGAGUGACGCUGCUGCUACCCAGGGCACCACAACAACGACGGAGAUUAUUGUUCCGGGCAUCGUCAAUGUCCGAGCACCAGAGGCAUCCGGCCCUAAAGACGAUCAGACUAGUAACGUGGUUGAGAGCGAGAGACCUGCCCAGGCAUCUACUGAAAUACAGGGAGAAACAACGAGUGUAAACAACGAUGUUCAAGAGGCAGAUAGUAUGGAGGAUGUCAACACUGCCGGUCCGACAGAGCCAUCCACCAACACCGAUGACGAAGGCGCUAUGGUAACGGUAGACGACUCUGCGAUUGGAGGCGAUUCUAUGGAUGUCGAGGAUAGCACAGCGAAGUCCACAGACGUCACUGAGGUGGAUGAAGUAAGCAAUCAGAUGGAAUCGUCGAUAGAUGACCAAGGCACUCUUCUCACGUCUGCAUCUCUGGCUGACACCACUCCGCCAUCAACGGAACCAUCAUCGAAGUUCCACUCCGACGUCGAGACGGGAAUACCAGACGUCCUGGCUGAGGGCGGCGUGAUUACUUUCACCAUCGUGGAGAGCGCAGGCCCCACCAGCGAAGGGCCAGGCGUGUACGCGGAGGAGAACACCGAGCAAGUGAUUAUGAUGACCUUACCUGAUGGACAAGAUGGGUUUGCCACGCAUGAAAUCGUUAAUUUUGAUGUCACUGAUGCUCUGAAUGAGGAUAAUACGGAGAAUCCCGGUCUAAUGCUUUCGCCUUCAGAUAAACUGUACUUCGAGCCAAAGCCAACGUCCCAUCGGCCGUACGUGCGCCCUGCCCACGGACAGAAGCCUUCGACGACUGACCCAUUACUCGCCUGGGAGGACGAAGUAACGCCGCCUUCGGUUGAUGUGUCAGCGCAGACGAUCUACAUCCUCUCGCAGACUACAGACGAAGCAGACGUAGGCAUCCUUACCACAGACAAGCCUCCCGAGCCUACGGUUGUUCCUGACUCUUUGGAAACAAAGUCAACAGAAGCCGUUUCCCUUCUAACCCCACAAACAACAGAAUCAACCACAGAGCCUAUAUUAAUCUGGACUCUUUCUCCCCAGCCCUCCAUACUGGACGCAAGACCUCCAACGUCGGUCAUUUCCCAAGUAGAAUCUCACACGUCAGCCACGAAGCCCGAGCCAGCGCCAAAGCCAGAGACGGCAGAUGAGGAGGAGACUCAAGGCGAUCUUCCCCGUCCCCUUGCUACGUCAAGCAAGCCGCCUAAGAGCACCGAGAAGACGCCAGCCUCAGAGGAGGGGACGCCAGACCUCGAAGACCCUCUUGCCUUCUGGACUACCACACGCCCCAAGAGACCGAGGCCGAGACCCACCCAAGCCACCACGACCGACAAACCUCUGCUCAUCUGGACGACUACGAGGAAGCCGCCGCAAGCCACUACCACAGCCAGCUCUGCCUCGGUGUCCGGGACCUCGGAAGACGAAGACAUUCCCCUCCAGCCCGCUAUCAUUCCCGGAGACAUCCUCCAGCACAUCACGGGAGACCUCCUUCACGGCGCCCAAAACCAGACCGUCGCCGACGCCACCACGACCACCCCAUGGGCGUCGUCCACCUACUCCAUUGCGACGAUCAAGUACGAGGACCCGUCCGCCAACACUCUCACUGACGCCCUCCCGCAAAGCACGACUCUGGCGAACGAAGUGACGCUGACGUCCACCUCACAAGUCGACGUCACGACCACUACGACCACCACGGCCAGGCCCAAGACAACCUCUACGGCCAGACCCAAGACAACCACCUCGAGGCCCACGACAACCAGAACAACAACGGAGAGGACGACACAAGCAACAACAACCAAAAGACGACGACCAACAACGACCACAACCAGGAGAACGACGACCGAGAAACCCACACGAAGGCCUCCUAGCAGACGGCCAUCUACCAGGAAGCCCUCCACCCGAAGACCUACGACUAGAAGAACGACCACGGCGAAGGUGGAGUCGACGACCAGACCCGCGACAGAGGAGCCGAUCUCCCCCAUCGACCAGUUCAUCUCCGAUUUCAUCAACUCUUCCCCGCCCGAGGAGCCUCUGACCACCACGGAGACCCCGCCGCCCAUCGACCUCGACCUCUUGGCGCAGCUGUUCAACCUGACCAACUUCGUCCCCGGAGAAGAAAUCCUGUUCCCGCUGCCGCCCAGGAAUACGACGACGACCACAACGACCACGCUGAAACCCUCCACGAAACCCAAGCCAACCAAACGACCCACCUCCACCACGACCAGACGACCACCAAAGCCGACGACCAACAGGAUUAACCUACCGACGUUCCCACCCACACCGAAGACCACAACGACGACCACGACUACGACCACCACCACGACAACGACCACUACUACGACCACCACCACUACAAAACCUACGACGACCACGCGGGCUUGGGACUAUAAGACCACGUGCGGCGUGCGCCCCCUCGCCCGCGAAGCCAGGAUCGUGAACGGCGAACGGGCGGACUUCGCCGAGUGGCCGUGGCAGGCGCUCAUCAAGGAGUCUACGUGGCUGGGGAUCUUCACCAAGAACAAGUGCGGCGGCGUGUUGCUCAACAGGAAAUACGUGCUGACGGCGGCUCAUUGUCAGCCCGGGUUCCUCGCCUCCCUCAUCGUCGUCCUGGGCGAGUUCGACCUCUCGGACGACUACGAGCCUAAGAAAACUGUCCAACGUAACGUGAAGCGAGUAGUCGUCCACAGGGGCUACGUGGCUCAGACCUUCGAUAACGACCUGGCCUUGCUCGAGAUGGAGAGACCCGUGACCUUCGACGAGCACAUUGUCCCCAUCUGCAUGCCUGAGGGGGAAGAAAAUUUCACAGGCAUGGUUGGCUUCGUCACGGGCUGGGGGAGGUUGUCUUACAGAGGACCAAUCCCAACGCAGCUUAACGAAGUGGCAGUGCCGAUUAUCAGGAACAACGAGUGCCAGAAAUGGUUCCUAGAGGCGGGGCACGUCAAGAACAUCAAGCCCGAGUUCUUCUGCGCAGGAUACAAAGAAGGAAAGAAGGAUUCGUGUGAGGGUGACAGCGGCGGCCCUCUCUCGGUGCAGGGUGAGGACGGACGCUGGAUCCUGGCCGGCACGGUGUCUCACGGGAUCAAGUGUGCGUACCCGAACCUGCCAGGCGUCUACAUGAAGAUGACCUACUACAAGCCAUGGAUCGAUAGCAUCAUCAAUUAGUGUGCAGAUGAGAGAGAGCGAUCGCGUUCCAGUGAUUCCGAAAUAUGUGUGUGUGAUAUCGUGUACAGCAUCCGAAGACAGUGAGCGAGGACUAGAACUUCUUCAAGACACGCUUUUGUUUUAUUAUUUUGUAGAUAUGUUACUUCCUUUUCCCUUGAUGAAAAGUAGUUUGUCUGCCUUUCUAAUGCACGUGAUGCCCUUUGUCUGUCUGUGUGUUAUAACGGGGCUGGAUCCAGACUAGAAUGAUUCCCAUAAUGAAGGUAUCUGUUUCUUGCAUUAGAACUAUGGAAUAUUUGGAACAAGGUGUAGCUGCUUUUACAUGUGAUAUAAUUUAUCCUUGUUGCCUCAGCCAUGUGAUGUGAACUGCCUACUAUUCAAGACGUUUUAAGAUUCCCCCCAAAAAAGUGUCACUUGUUAAGAACCUUUCCAGAUAAUCCAGAAAGCAGAGAUAUGAAAAAAAGAGUGACGAGGCCUUAUAACCCGAAGAAAAAUGAGCGGAAACAAAAAAAAAUAUAUACAAUCGAAACCAACUGUUGGUAAACCAACUUCACAAAUGUCUGUAGUCUGUACAAUACGAAGUCGACAAUGAAUAAUUUGCAUGAUAUCUUUCGGCCAUUACGCCAAGAGCUCAUGACAGACGACCCACUCUUAUGUAACGUUCUGACAGUGACUUCAUGACAGCACGUUUGGUCGUCUUCAGUGUUAUGUGAUGUCAGUUUUGUGUAUUUGACUAUUUAUUUAUUUAUUUGAGAGAUUUCGGGUAAACAUGUUCUUGUUUACCUGUAGUUUCGUAUAACAUUGUCUUCUAAAAAGAAAAUGUUGAUAGAUGUUAUUUAAUUAUGGAUUUAGAAGUUAAUACGGAUAAUUAGUGAAGAUGGUUAUAUACCAAAACACUUUUUUCAUCCGUUCUUUGUGAUAAUUGUAAUACAUAUUCCAUCCAUUGCGUAAUUUGUAUAUAUUUAUAUUUGAUAUAUAUUUCUUAUCAUUUUUUUCGAGUUUAACUGUAAAGCAUUAAGUCAGAAUAACAAAAAAUCACAUCCCCUUUUCCACUUAAAAACGGAAAUAGUUUUUACAAUCUGAUAUCUAUCUCAGCGUGUUCUUGAUCAAGAAUUAUCUUUACCCAAAAUGAUACUGAAAUUAUGCUGAAAAUGCUUAUGAAAAUUAAUAAUGCAAGCGGACCUCAGUAACUGAACCGAGAACACGUGAAUAAAUGGGAAUAACGAAAUAGUAAUUGGGCACUCAGAUGAACUUGUUAUAAUUUCGUAAAAUCAGAAUGUGAAGUUGUUUAUAUAAACGUCAUCCACAGAACCAUAAUUUUGAUUCCAUAUCUGUAUUAUUUCACUAUAUGACAGAUUAAUAUUUUUCCAUUUGAUAUAAAAUCUUCAGAGUUCGAUUUCUGCAUCAUGACAAGCAAUUCCAGUUAAACAGCCCGUAAUUGAUAUCACAGAUUAAUUUAUAUCUCACAUAAUCAACGUAUAGUGCAAUAUAUCCUUAAGACUUUAAGCAUCAUGUGUUAACUGUAAUGAAGCAAGAACGGACAUUUCUGUAAGAGAUAAGAAGGAAGUCUCGAAAAACUGCCAGCCUGCAUUGCCUCUAAUCCCUCGUUAUCAUAGGCUUGUAUGAGCAUCACCGUCUGUGUCGAUUUCAAAUGUAUAGCCAAAGAUGCAGAUUAUUACGUCAGUCUAUUCGUCAAUCAAGGAAUAUAAGUAAUAGAUUCAGAGAAAUUACGUGAAUAUUGACUCUAGUACAUUUUCAAAAAUCAUUGGUUUUUUUUAUUCAUGCUUGGUGAUUCGUUUAUCAGUGUUUUUGUUUAGCUUGGUAUGAACCUAUGUAUAUUUUUUAAUUUUUUUAAAUAGUAUCAAAUAUUCAAACAAAGGAAUUGCUCCAUUUUAGUUCUUUCAAUAAUUCUUUUAAUUUCAAUAAUAAAUGGUGCCGUAAAUUGUCAGUUAUAUUGGAACGUGAUUUUCAUAGGAAGCUUGACUGGCAUUUUUUAUUUUUUCAUCAACAUUAUUGUUGUUAUUUAUAUACUUUUUUUUACAUUGUUGGCGUUGCUAUUGUUGUUGCUGUUGAUGCUUUUACCCUUAUCAUUAUCAUCACCUUUUUA